AUGCCGCAACGCUUGGACUUGUAUGGAGCAAUGUUGGCGAGCUUGCGAGCUUUUUUGUUGAUCUGGCUGAAUGCGCAAAGUGCUAUGCUUCAGCAAGCUCACUGGAUGGAAAAGAUGGACGAAACAGUCCACAUGGGCAAGACAACGAAUUUGACGUCUCGCAGGCCAUGA